GGUUUGUUUGUUUAUUUAAUUAAUUUAUGAUAGAUGAGAGAGAGAAAGAGCGAAGAAGGAUGCUUGCUUCCCCUUCUAUGCUCAUCUCACGGAUCUUGCCUCUCCACUCCUCUCCCCUCCUCUGAUCCUCCUCCUCUUAUUUUAUCUCCUACCCAUCCUUUAGUACUUGCUCUAUAUAUACACACACACACAGACAAGGACGCCUGUAGAAUAAACUAGAGAAGAGAGUACUGGUUCCUCCGUUGACGCCUCAAAACAAAGAGACCUGCAUCUCCUCCUCCUCUGACGACACACACCUCUACGCACGCAAGGACCAGGUAUCGGUUAAUGGCUUCUUGGAAAAAAACCAUUACAUCCCCUUUCAGGAAGGCUUGUACUUUCUUCAACCAGCAGCAGCAGCCCGUCAGCAGGGACAAGAAGUCCCAGCCAGGGGGAGAGAAAAGGGUGCUGGACCUUCAUGGUGAAGUCAUGGCAUGUGGUUAUGAAGAUGUUCAAGUGAUGUGGUCGAUUCUUGACAAGUCCAAAUCCGCCACCUGCGACAUGACCACUUCUUGAUCCCCUGGCUAUGCAUCAUAGUACAUGUUCAUGCACGGAUAUGGUAUACAUGCAUGCAUACAUGUCUGUAGAUAUCAUCGCAUCAUGAUAGGGAAUGGGGAGUAGGCAGCUUUUUAGAAUGCCCAUAAUUGUGUUAGGAAUCGAUGAUGCUGGAGGUGGCGGGAGAUCUCAGUAUUAUGUAAUGGUGAAUCCCUGUGAUCAAUGGAAAUCACGGUGAGAUUUAGUGGAAAUCAAUUUAGAUCACUUUAUUUUUAUUUUA